AUGAAGAUCCCCACAACCAUCCUCCUCCUCCCAACUCUCCUCCGAGAAUGCGUCGCGUACACGGCCCUCUCCGACUCGACCCUCCAGAAACUCCCGUCCCCCGGCUCCGACUUCGACAUCCACACCGGUUCCCUCCUCUCCCCAAUCCUCCGCACUCGAGUUCCCGGAACGCCAGGCAAUACCGCCGUUCUCCAACAUUUCGUCGAUUUCUUCACCCAAAAUCUCCCAUCCUGGACUCUCUCCUUCCAAAAUUCCACCUCGACCACCCCGACAUCCCCUAACACCCCGGUUCCUUUCACAAACCUCAUCGCAACUCGCGAUCCUCCCUGGACAAAAGGCGACGGAGAUGUGGGAAGAUUGGCGCUGGUAGCGCAUUACGACAGUAAACUAGAACCCAAAGGCUUCAUUGGCGCCACGGAUUCCGCUGCUCCAUGCGCGAUGCUACUGCAUACCGCGCGAUCUAUCGACGCGGCGUUGACGAAGAAAUGGGCGGAAAUGAGCCUCCAGGGCAAGAGGGAUGAGCUCGACAUGGAGGGGAACAAAGGUGUACAAAUCCUAUUACUGGAUGGCGAGGAAGCUUUCCAGACCUGGACGGAUACGGAUUCCUUAUACGGAGCGAGAUCUCUCGCCGAGGAGUGGGAGGGGACGGCAUAUGGGGCGUGGAAUACCUACCACUCCCCUCUCGCGAGCAUUGAUCUUUUUGUGCUCUUGGAUCUCCUCGGCAGUAAGGAUCCCAAAGUCCCCUCUUACUUCAAAAUGACGCAUUGGGCGUAUCAACUCAUGGCGACGGCGGAGAAGCGCUUGCGAGAAAUCGGCAGGUUUAAAUCUUCACCCAACCAUGCCAGUAAACCUGCGAGGAAAGAUGGAAAGAAGAGGAAGGAACCCAUGUUUUUGUACCAAGGGGAUAAAGGAGAGACGGAGGGCAGUUGGAAUGGUGGGUUUGUGGAGGAUGAUCAUGUACCAUUUAUGGCGCGGGGGGUGGAUAUUCUGCAUGUCAUUACCACUCCAUUUCCCAGGGUGUGGCAUACGAUGGACGAUGAUGGGGAGCAUUUACACGGGGAUACGGUGGAGGAUUGGGCGGUGCUGACGACGGCUUUUGCGGCUGAAUGGUUGGAUUUGGAGGGGUUUAUGGAUGGUGGGGAGGGGGAGAACAAGAGGGAGGAGGAGAUCAGGAAGGGGAAGGAUGAGCUAAAUUUAGACGAAGAGUGA